GUUUGAAUGGCGCCUCUAUUUUCCAUCUCUCCUCCGCAGUUGCUUUUCUGCUUCAGUGCUGGAAGUUCAGCCAUGUGAGGCCAGAACGGGGGCUCAGGUAGUCGACCACAGAUCGUUGUGGCCCACGACGCUAUCCUCCACACCCGUAUCGCUUGCCCGUGAUACAAAAAGUAUUUCAACUGUGUGACACCACUAUGAAGCUCCGUUUCCAAUAACUUACUUUCGACCAAGACUGCAAGAGCAAAAAUUGGGUGGGUCGCCCUUGUGGAAAAAUCUAGGCGGGAGCAUGGAGGACGCUUGUUCCGUGAGCCUGCUUCAGACGACAAAGUCGAGAACGUUGGAGACACAACUUGCUGGGCAGCUCACUUCCUUGAGCGAUGCCUCCGCUACCGGCGCACAUCUGACAAGAACCCGCAAAGCACCAGCAGCUGUGAGGACUGGACAAGAUGUGCAUUACUUCCGUCGACUACGGGAGCAGCACUUCAUGGAGCUACUGGAGGUGCCGGAGAUGCCUCACUGGUCCACACUGAGGGAUACGAUGCAGCAGGAAGAAGCCGCAUGCUUGCAGUCUGACUUCUCACCGGAGACUUUACCCUUGAUCUUGCACCAGUUUUUCGUGGACCGCAUCGCGUCGCUGGUUCGUCUUCGGCUGAUGUACAUGCAGCGCUGGUCUAAGCAGCAGAACGUGAACAGCCUGGGCACUACAGCACUCUACGAGCGUUACAAACAACACCUUAGUAUGGUGAUGACGGAGUAUGACGACUGCGUGCAGAGAGCAGAGCGCCUGGCUAGUGCACACGAUGCCUGCCUUGCUGGUAAGCCUGUGCGGCUGGGCCUGGUCAAGGACGAAGAUGUCAACAUCUACCUGCGGCACCUGGUCUUGACGGAGCAGAGCUGGAGAGACCCCUCUGCCUUCCUAGCUCAACUGAAAUGGCUACCGCAUAGCAACCUUCAUGUGCUCCACCAACUCUUGCCAGUAAUGGAUGUCAACGCCUGGGAGAAUGAGGCUGACGCUCGCAAUGAACUUACCAAGCUGAGAGCGAUGGCACCACGUGCCAAUGUACAGUGGAAGAUCGCUUUCCAGAAACGCCGAGCCACAGUGCCUAAUCCCACUGAUGUUGCCAAUUCCACGUCCAAGCCAAAGCUUCCCCUACCACUCCUUUCGAAAGUUCUGCAGCGGCCAAAGUCCGAAACAAUUCAACAGGAGUCAAUUGCGGAGGUUGGCGACAAGCCGUACUGUCUCUCCAGUCCGCUGGAGGAGUACAACGACUACGGCGAUGUCACUCCGCAUGUGCACUGUGAACGUGCGUAUCGCGCCGUGCUGGCAAGACUGCUGACCACAUACGGCCUUCAGUCUUCCUGGAACUACGAGAAGAAGUCUGAUCAGCUGGAGAUGUUCAAGCUUGUCUCCGACAAGUUCAAGACGACCAUGGAGCGCCAGGGCAAGCAGAUGACUUUCAAGGUUUAUCUAUUUCCAGAACACUUGGAAGACAAGAAGCCGGCAGAUGCUGGCAAGACGCCACGCACCUCCUGCAACAGGAUCUGGUUGAAAGAGGCAAACUGGCAAGACGAAAGCAAGCUGGUGCCGUAUGUCGAUCCUGUUCAGGAAGAAGUCGUCAGCCAACUGAGGAACAAUACCAAAAUUGAUGAGUUACUACGGCUGUCAAUGGAUGCUUGUCAGCUGCAUCACGCUGAAAAAGUCAUUUACUCUCUGAAACGUCACGUUGCCACGAGUCGCAAGCCACCGCCACUCUCCUCUCUAUCCAGACCCUCAACCACUCAGUACCGUAGCACAAAACGAGAUGACCACGUUCCGGCUCUAACGCAGAUGUGGGAGCAGAUCUUGAAAGGCGUUGAUCCGUUUGAUCCCUCGUUUCGAAUUAAUGGCGGCAAGAGUCGUGCUGGCAGUGGUCGACCUCGGAAUCUGCCAGACGACGCAAAGCAAGUGGAUCAUGGUGCGGACGGAGUGGAUCCAUUUGCAAAGAUACAGACCAGUUCGUUUGACUUCAACAGUGCUAGCAGAGUGUUGGCUGAGCAACAAGAAUCGCUGUUCGGCUCACAUCAGCAGCAGUCGGAGGAGCUCCUGGACAGCUUCACGGCCUUCACCAUGCUGCGACACCUGCGCAUCCGCGACUUGCGCCGUACGGCGUUGAGCAUUUUCAACUACUUUCGCUCUGUGGAACGCAGCCUGGUUAUCGGCCUGACAGGCCUGGCUAAGGGCAAACAGCCAGGGAAAGCGGGCACAACCCAGGCGUAUGUGUUUGAGAAACCAUCAGACUAUCAGAUUAGCGCCCAGGAAUUCAUGGAGAUCCAAGAGGUAUCAAACCAUGAUGACCGGCAUGUUGUGGAAGGUGGACGUGUGCAGGUCAAGGACCAGUGGAAGUACCAUGUCGUGUAUGACGUUGCCGUCGACGACCUCAAAAAACUAGAAGACUACUUGGUCUUGGUGGGCAGUUACUACCUAGUAAAGCACCACUCCAGUGCGGCUGCGACUGCCGACGAUGCGAGACGAUUCGCAUUCCUGCCGGAGGAGUCUGAUAUGGCAUCACUCAGCGGACAGGCUGUGGAUCGCUUUGCUGUUCUGCUGGACCUGUGGAACUGUCACGUCAGAUUCAUGGAGCGCAAGCAUGCGUUGCUGGACUGCUAUCUGGAGGCAUAUCACAAUGUAUAUGAUCAACAGGAGAAAGAACGGCUGGCACAGGUCAUCAUAGACAUUAUCUACCAGCAACCCAGGCAUGUUCUGGAGGCCAACUGGUUCCUUCGCUGCUACAAGACCGAGAUUGAGUGCCUGGAACUGCACAGAGAGAUAGCACACACUGUGCUGACGUCACAGAUUUCUGCUCAGCGAAUGUUCUUCACCGGUUUAUUCCCGUCGGGAUCAUCACCCAAUAUGGUUGGUGUGCCUUUACCGACAUUGUCCAAGUGUCCAAUCUCGCUCAGCACUAGCAGUGCACUGGGACAAGUGUUCUUGUUGGAGUUCCACCCAUCGUUAUGCGUGGCCAGUCGUCUUCCUGCUGCCCUCAGACAUGCGGCAAACUGGACGUUUUUCCAGAUGGGCAAAGUCGGCACUCACAAUGUCUUGCGUAGCUGUCAUGCCACUUUCCAGCUGGCUGUACGUAAGCUGGGUGAAUCGAACAGUCUCAUCCAGGCGUACAGUUCUGAGGUCCGACAGGCGCUCUUCCAGAACCCCCUGAUGGAGAAUCCACUGUUCGUUACCUCGCUCAUUCCCCAGCAGAAGAAGGUUGCAGUAAAGGCAGUGGGCGGCGAUUCCUCCGACCCAGCUGAGCUGAAGAAGGCGGUGGCGUCAGCUUAUUGCGAUGUUUUGCACUUUGUUUCUUCGUAUCAUCGACUGGCUGAUGCCUGUUUGGAGUCCUCCCAACUGUUGAAGGGGUAUCACCUGCUGUCCGAUCCACUCGGCUUUGGCCAAAUGCAUGCAUUCAUGCGGAUGGCAAGCAUAGAUGUUGCCGCAUCCAACCCCGGCACUAUCCUGAAGCCUCUCUUUCUCACCAGCAUCACAACAGAGGGCAAGGACAUGUUUGAUCAGUACAUUCCAGUCAGCGUGCCUCUAGCAGCUCAUGAGAUUGAUGAUAAAGUGUUCGCACUGCAGCUGAGCACUAAGGAAGACGUUAUCAAGAUGCUGUCUGCAAGCAGCCUGGAGACCUUCCGAGCUAUCCUCUAUGCUCAGGUCGCGCAGAAGAACGCUCUCAUCAUUGGUGUCCUGCACACACGGGCCUGUUGUCAGAUACACAAGACGUCGGCAUCACUGGAGCACGUGGAAGCAGCUGUCGAUAGUGGAUCAUCGUUGGCAGCGCUGACCAGUGGCAAGCCUCGUGUCAGCUCAGCACAGCUUGUCAUUGGCCUGGACCUUGUGCAGAAACUCACCGACAUGUUUGUUUCGCUGCAGUUGCACAAGGCGGCUUCUCGUGAUAUGGUGCUCCAUGAGCUCCUGACCCAGCCCGGGAUUAGCAGCAAACUGCAGUCACCACAGGAGAACGUGAAAGUGAAGCGUGUGACACUGGUGCAGUACUUUGAGAAGCUUGGCAGCCUGUUGGCACCGCAGGCCCUGCGUAUACAGCUUUCAAGUUGCAUGUUCAGCCUGCAUCAACUGCUAAGGGAUUUCCCCGGAACUCGAGAUGCUGUAUUUGAGAUAGGUCAGGACACUGAUUACAAAAGCGGAACUGGCAAGCGUCCGCAGAGUGCCACGACUGCAGAGUCAGGCGAACAGACUCCCAGCCAUGGCAUACCAGUAUUUGAGCCCAGCUUUCGGGCUGGACGAUCUCGCGCAAGAGCUUUCAUGACUGUGGAUGGCAAGCAUUUGAUGAACUUGUUCUUCUUACCCCAUCCACUGGAGGCUCUGGCAAUGUUCCGCUCGCUGGAUUUGGAUGAGGCAAUGCCGGCUUUAAACUCUGCACUGAGACUUCUCACAUGUCUACAUGACAUCUGCAGUAUUAUCUGUGCCCGUGCGAAACUCAACUGUCCUAUACUGCAAGCAAGUGGAGGCAGUGGAGGAGGUCAGGCACGGCGACGACAAGGCUCUCCUCCAAUUCUGAAUGCGUACUCUACCGGGCUUAGUGCUGACUGGGGUGGCCUGGAACGGAUAACAAGUGAGCUUCAAGAACUGCGCAAGGCCAUACAGAAGCUUGAGUGCCCGACGGAUCCUGUCCAGGUGGCGGAGUACUUGGAAAGCGUGCGGGAGGUACGCUAUCGCCAGUUGCUAGUGGUCGUCCGGGAUAUCCUGCCCACGACAUUCCUGGACAUGGGCGAUGAGCAGGGAGCACAGAUUGUCCAAGCCAAGUCUCGCCAGUGCUUGGACAUCAUCGCCAAUGUCAGCAGAUACAGUGCUUGUCAAUUCCUCUGGAACGGCCGUCCUGUACCUCAACCACUUCAUGUCAUGAAGAAGAAAGCUGCUCGGUUGAUGCCCUUGGCAAAAUUCACAUCUGACCGUGGACCAUAUCCGCAUUGCGUAUCUCCGCCGACUGAGCUGUCGAAGCAAUGCAUCGCCAUGUUCUGCUGUUUGCACAAUGAACAGCUUAAUAUAACACACGGCGUAUUAUGCGAGAUGACUUUGCUACAAAACGAGGCUUGCCAAGACGCAGCAGCAGCAGCGGCAGCAGCAGCUGAGCAGAGUCUUGCAGACAGCAGUGCUGACCAGGGCCGGACAUCCAUGCUGCUGUCCUCUUCGGCGUCGCUCAAAGCAUCCUCCGCAUCUCUCAAGAAAUCUGCAUCAUCCAUGUCCAGGACGUCUACAGCUGACAUCAAGCCUAAGAGCAAGGCGGUUCGCAAGCCAUCACCUACGCUGGAUAGCGAGGCUCAGUUGGCAUUCCUAUCACUGUCCAGUCGCCUGGGUAUCCUUCGGUCGGUCUGGUUCGUACAGCAGAGCGGGCCCCAAGCCCUGGAGCAGAGCAGUGUCUACAGUGCUGUCCAGAGAUUGUAUCAAACGUCCGUGUUUGAAAAGGCACUGAAUGCAAUCAUUACCCAGCGCAAGCUAACCACCGCCGAGACCAGCCAGGUGAGAAAGAGCGUGGCGGUGUCAACAACCGGCAUUGGGGACAGCGGUGUUGUCACGGAGAUGGAGAUGCGACAAGCGCUGGUGGAGGCUCUUGUGGACUCAAUCGAGUGCCACAUGCUGGUCGACCUUCAGAACCGUGUCACGCGUGAUAUGACUCAGGUGCAGACCGAGAUGAUUCGUAAUGACGGCACACUGCCAACGGAAGUCUGGAAGAAACUGUACACAAAGGUGUCGACCUCCGUACCGCAGUCGGCAGUUGUCACCGAUCUCUCUGAUGCCCUGAUGGACAAGUCGACAGAGAGUGGUGAUGAUCUGGUCAUUUCAAAGAAAGACUUCGAAGCUUGCUUCCGGUCAGCUGAUCAGGCAUCCGUCAUCAGAGAUCGUCGACUAUUUGAUGGCUUCACGGUCUACUACGAGAAUAUGGUGCAGAAGGCUCAGCAUCAGCUACAGCUCAAAGAUCGAGAGAUUGCUCACUGGAAAGAGCAGAGUCAGCAGCAGGAUGAUUCUGCCCACCAAGCCGCAGAGAGUCUACUGAUGGAGCAGUGUAACCCACUGAUUAUGGAAAUCAUCUCACUUCGGGUAUGCCUUCAGAAUGCAGAGAGUGUGCUGGACCUGAAGGUGGAAGAGGCACGGGCUGAAUUUCAGCGGCACUACCAAAGCCUAGCGGAGGACCUCUUCAAUACGUCAAAGGCCGUUCAGAAACGAAUGGAAGAAUACAGGUGUAACAUGUUUGGUGACAUUGCUACCAACAUACGUGACUUGAAACAGUCAGCUCUGGCAGAUCUACAGCAGAUAAGAAGCAGUGCCCUCACGUCACUGGGUAUGACGGAAGAUUCUGACAGCAGCACCGCGGUUUCUGAUGCGGCUAAUGAGCUCCAGACAACCCACAGUCUACAGCUGGAUAAUGCUGAGCUUGUCAAAGCGUUGAACCUGGAAAGGUCUUUGAACCAAUGGCGAGUCACAACUGCUAAGCAGGCUCAUAUCAAGCAGCUGGCUGAUGCACAACUGGAGUUGGAACGAUUGCGUGUUGACAGUCUAAAUACGGGAACCGCCACAGCUCAAGCUAGUCAAGCAGCUGAUCAGCAAAAGGAUGCCAUGAAGAAGCGUUUGGCUGAGCUGGAGGAGAAGCUAAGCGAAAGUGAACAGCAAAUGGAAGCAGAACGCGUAGCUAAUCAGAAGAGACGGCAGCGGGAGCAGGUGGUGAAGCCAAUAUUUGAUAUGUAUCAACCCACGGUGGAAGACCUGAAUAAGCUGAGACUGAGUCUCCAGGAUGCUGAGCACAAGCUGGCUGUGGUGCAAUUGGAAGUGUCGCAAGAAAGGCGUAUGACAGCGGCAGCCUCAGCGCGCACCAAGAAGGAUGUCAAGCAGCUACAAGGCAGGCUACAGCAGGAGCGAGCAAAGAAAGUGGAAGCCUAUACCAUGCUGGAGAAGUACAUACCAGAUGAUUCAGGAAAGAGGAAUGCCUUUGCCGGUGUGGCACAUCGUGGCUCUGGUAUAGCAAGUCAUUCCGCCACGGCAUUGCUCUCUGCUGACUUUUCUCCGGAUGUACCGGUGAAAGCUGCAGCUAAGAAAACACGGACUAAAUCUGCUGCGCCGCACACACUGGAUGGAGAAAGCAUGUUACCACACGGGUAUGCUCGUUCCGUGACGUCUGCGUUUACACAGGAUGCUGGCCUAGCUGCCACAGUUCCUACAACGAACCCAGGAAAACAAUUCUCGUCGAGAACCUAUCAAACUGGUCGACUGUCCAAUAUCCACUUCAAAAAGUAGGACCACAUUAGCCGACCAUCCUCCACGCACACAGGAGACAGUUCCCAAUGAUCAUCGUCGAAGAAUAGAUUGGCUAAUUGGAGCUCCCAUUGUUGGAUGGUGGCUGUUGGAAUAAUCUACCUGAUGAUGUCCGUCCCACUCGGCUUGAAUACUAUUGCAUCAUUUCCCCCAGAUCCCUUUAUAUUGAUUGUCCAAGUUGCCGUCAUCAAGAGAGAAGUUAACGUAUAUGAUUGCACAUCUUAUUA